AUGCCCUCCAAAGAGACCCCAUGUCAAUACUCCUUCCAUCCUCCCUUCAAACCAAGCACCCUCUCCACCGAGCCUCAGUUCACAACGCACCGCCUCGUCUACAACACCUCCGACGCCUCGACCCUCGACCGGUUCCGCAUCCGCGAGCUCUGCGAAGGCUGGCCGCUCCACCGCGACGCCUGCGAAUGGACCGAUCUCCGCGCCAUCUUCAGCCCCCAGGCCUUCAUCAACAUCAGCUGGCAGCAGAAUUACCGCGACGCGGCGAUCCAGACGUGGGCGAAAGGGUGGGAGAAGGGCGAUUUCAUCACGCAUCGCGUGUUGGGACAUGCGGUCGAACUCAAAGGCCAUAGGGUGAUUGAUAAAAUGAAAGUUACGAUUUCGUGGCGCUUCAAGGAUGAGAAUGGGGUGGAGUGGGAUAGUGAUUGUGACUGUCGAUUUGUCUUCUUCCUCGAACGGACGAUUAACCCCGGCUGGCAGAUUCUAUGCAAUCAUCCCAUCUACGAGAAGGAUAAGUGCGUGCCUGUGGACCCGGGUCGUCUGCCUACCAUGGACUAUGAGAUCCUGGAUCGUCAGCCGCGGGGAUAUAAGUAUCUAGCUUAUGGCAUGCAGAGCUUAGGAUACAAGGUCAAUCAGAACCUGCGGCAGUUGUUUGGCGAGGAAAGAGACGCGCUGUACAAAGAGAUAGCCGACUGGUUGAAUGGGGAGGAAAUCGACUUUCCGAAAGAUGAGUGGUAA